UUGAAUUCCUCUUUCCAUGCUGGAUUACUACUGUUAUGCUUUCUGGUUGAAGUGAUCUCUAUUUUAUAUUUUCUUGUUUGAGAAAAAGAACCUUUGCGAUUUAAUCACUCACUAAGAGUUCCUUUUGGCUUACUUAUAAGUUGUUUUCUCUGAAUUUCUGUUUUUUAAUGCCUUCUUGCUAUGAACUUGGUUAAUUGGUUAGAGUUGUGUGGUCUAAUUGAAAGAAGAAAACGGGAUUUUUUAUUAUCUAUUUAUUUCUUCUUCUUUUUCUUUGAGUGCUGUUUUAACAACAUAUUCCAGUUCGUUUCAGUAAUUCCCUUGCUCUGUAUUUGGGUGAAAAUAAAAAGGCUAGUUGGUGCUUCUGAAUUGGCUGAAUGAAGUUGAGUACUCCUAGAAUUGCACGGUUCCUACAAGCUUGGAUUCUAUUGGUAGCUUAACUUUGAUGGCAUCAGAAUUAAGUCUUCUUAUAGUAGGUUGUCUUCAUGAUAUAUACAGCAAAAUAUGUUUUAAACACUUGCUGAACUUUAUUGGAUGUGAGCUGGAGAAAUUAGAGGGCCUUGGAGACAUUGAUAAGGAUUUGAGAAUGUGAUUGUGUUUAGUGAGUAUUCUGUUCCACCUGAACGUCUGUACUUUCUUUUCUACAAUAUCUCUUAACCUAGUGAGGUGGAUCAGGUUCCCUUUGGUUGUCCAGGAGCAACUUUGAAGCUUCAAACCUUGUGAUUUAUAGAACACAAAGGAUGUAGUUAUAUUUUGGACUUUCAUUAUUUGAUGUCCAUAUAUUAGCUAUUGAAAACUAUCCUCUUCUCAUCUGUCUUUGACAUAACCAUAAUCAUCUACCUCCCUGGCAUAUCUUACCAUAAAGUUGUUGCCUUUAGGAUUAUGCCCUAUGUUGGCUAUUAAGAUAUUGAGAUUUAUUGCUUGGAACCUGAUCUGGAAGUUUUUUCUAGGAAGAAUAAUAAGACCUGGAAGCAAUUAAAGUCCAAACCAUGGUAUAUCAAGUUUGCUCAGAUCAAUGGUAAUUCUGUCCAACAACUCAAGUGAAGCAAUACUUUUCAGAGUUUUGAAAUCCCUUAAAAUCCUUCUCAGACCCAGAUCCCAUCUACACUAAUUAUCCAAAUUUCCAAUUAAACGCAAAGUAGAGAAGGAUGCCUGUAAUGGUAAGGCUUGGUAGUACAGGUUUUAAGUUCCAAGGGGAGAAUCUGUUCACUUGGUUUCAUUUGUAUGGAAUAUAUCAUAUACAGGCAAAGCCUAGAUAAUAGAGAUUUGUGUCAGGUUUAGCAGAAAACAUAAGUACCAACCUUCACUCUUUAGCCAAUCCAAUAUGAGUACCAAUCCUCAGUCUUUUGUGCAAUUCUAGGGACAUGCUGCAAGUUGAAAUUGAGGCUGAGUUCAGGUAUUAUGUACAAGCAAAGGGAGCUCCAAUUGCAGAAUUCUGUGGUUCUCUUAGGGCAUUUUUGUUUUUUAUGAUGUAGCAGAUGUUUUUGUUUUGAAAAGAAAAACCACUCAUAUUGGUGAAAACCUGCCUUAAUUUCUCUGCUUUUCACUUUAAGCAAGUGAUGUAGGACAGGUUAGGGGUCCUACAAAUGUCAAAUCUGGUGAUGGGCUUUGUGAGGUGAAAGAGGGAGUUUAGGUGAUUAAUGAAGAAGAAGAUGGAUGGAAAAGCAAGUAGACAACUUGCUGUCCACCAAAAAUAGCAAGAAAUUACAAAGAGAGAGAAGAAUUACUUCUAAGUAAACAGCAAAGAGAUAGAUCACUUUGAAGAGAGAGAAAGUAGACUUAGAUGAUCUGGUCACAUGCAUAGAAGACCACCCACAACACAAGUAAGAAAAAAAGGUCAGUUAAAGUUGAAGGGACUACAAGGGCUAGGGGCAGACCAAAAAAACAUGGGUCGAAGUAGUAAGGAAUGAGUUAAGUGCUCAUAACAACGGAUAUGGUAUUAAACAGAAUGGAACGGUGAAACAGGAUUCAUGUAGCCAACCCAUAUUAGUUGGGAUAAGGCUUAGAUAAUGAUAGCAGUGAUGAUUCAUCAAAUAAACUCUUCUAAAAUUGCAAUUACAGUGACUCUGUUUGUAGGCUUAACUUAUUAACUCGGAUGUCCUGUUACAGACUCCAAUUUGGACUUGGAAAUUGGCCAAAAUCAAAUAUUAAUUGCUUUAUAACUAAGACAAAUCCACAAGUAACCUAUAAUGACACUUAAAUAAGGACUCUAACUCUAAUAACACUAUUGUAAUUCUACUAAAACUAAUUUAAUGUAACAACACCAGAAAUUAUAAAAAAUAGUAAGUGUCUUUACUAAAAAUAGUAAUUAUGGGAAUUACUAUAAACAGUAAGUUCGAAUGUUACCAUAAAUAGUAAGUUUGAAAUAACAAUAAAUUUAUGGAAAAAUUAAAAUCCUAUUCUUGAUACACCUAUAAGUAGAAAAUAAAGAAACUCAAGCAAUACCGAUAUCCUAUCACAAAAAAAAAAUCUAAAAUGGGUGUAGGAUUGGAAAAUUGACUUAUCUCCCAAUGGUUUCUUUGCUUGCUUCCAUAUCUGCAUCAGAAAGUUUCCUCUUAUCAAAAUGAGUCUAAAUUUUCUUCCUGGUCAUGGCAACAAAUCUCAAGCUCAGCUGGAGUUGUUGCAUGCUUGGAGCUACAUGCAAGUAGAGACCCACAGAUGUGGUAUCAACGUAUUGAAGGGAUUUAUUGCAACCAGAGGUUUGGUUUUCAAUGCCUUGCAACCAAAAGUAUUAAAUUUAUACCCCACCUAAAUUCUAUCCAAAGAUAUCAAAGUUUUAACCCAGCUAAACUCUAUUAGAAAAUGUCAUUGGAUGUUUCUCUACUUAAUCAUGGCUGAUGGUUUGGUCAGCAGAUUGUAGCCUUUAAAAAUUAGUUAGGAUUGUUGUUUACACGGGCAGAUUUGUCACACCCAAUUUCUUAGUUUUUAGAUUGACUCCUUUUUCAUAUUUUUUUUUCUAUAUUAUUCCUUCAGGUUAUCUCUCAAUGCAUCCACAAAAAAAGAUAUGGCCUUAGGGUGGAAGAGUCGGAAGGAAUCCAAAGAAUAUGAGCUCUCCAUCAACUCAGUUUGCCACCUCAAGAAGGAUGGGUAUCUAUGAGCCAGUCCACCAAAUUAGUAUGUGGGCAGAACCAUUUAGAGGUAAUAGCAGUCCAAACACAGCUGUGUCCACAAUACAGGGGGAUGCAAAGCUGGACAAGUCUGAAGAUACUUCCCAAGGAACAAUAGGACCUUUAGAAAAUCAUGAUCAAGAAGCAAAUAAACCUUCAGACAAGGUAUUAAGACGACUUGCACAAAAUCGUGAGGCUGCCCGUAAAAGCCGUUUACGGAAAAAGGCUUAUAUUCAACAAUUGGAGACAAGUCGUUUGAAGCUGACACAAGUGGAGCAAGAGCUUGAACGAGCUAGACAACAGGGAGUAUACAUAGGUGGUGCAUUAGAUACUAGUCAUCUAGGAUUGUCUGGAACUGUUAAUUCAGGCAUUGCUACAUUUGAAAUGGAGUAUGGACACUGGGUUGAAGAACAGAAUAGACAGAAUCAUGAACUAAGAACUGCUUUGCAAGCUCAUGUAUCUGAUAUAGAGCUUCGCAUACUUGUAGAUAGUGGCAUAAACCACUAUUGUGAUCUGUUCCGCAUGAAAGGAGCUGCUGCAAAGGCUGAUGUCUUCUAUUUAAUGUCUGGCAUGUGGAAAACCUCAGCUGAGCGUUUUUUCCUGUGGAUUGGAGGAUUUCGUCCAUCAGAGCUUCUAAAGGUUCUCAUGCCCCAACUUGAACCAUUAUCAGAACAACAACUGCUGGAUGUAGGUAACCUGCAACAGUCAUCUCAGCAAGCUGAAGAUGCUCUUUCACAAGGGAUGCUUAAACUGCAGCAAACUCUAGCUGAAACUUUAGCAAGUGAUCCAGUGGGUGAAGACAGUUACAUGUCACAGAUGGCUACGGCAAUGGGAAAGUUGGAAGCUCUAGUGAGCUUUGUGAACCAGGCGGACCACCUUCGGCAGCAGACUUUACUGCAAAUGUCUCGUAUCCUUACUAUCCAUCAAGCAGCUCGAGGCCUGCUAGUCUUGGGAGAUUUUUUUCAUCGUUUUCGGGCCCUGAGUUCACUUUGGGCUGCUCGUCCUCGCGAACCAGCCUAAGCUAUGGAGGAUGCAUAACCUGUCAGUCAGACAUGAUCACUAGCUAGAGAUCAACCACCUUUAGCAGCAAGGAAAAUGCUCCUAGCUUAACAGAAUCCACUUGGUAGUGGUCAUCAUCAUCUUAACGGCCAUGCGUAAUUAAGCUGCUGACAUUUUUGAAGCAGCCUCCAGAAUUGGAAGAAUGUUGUAAAUAUGAAGCUCCUUUCACCAUUUAUCAAUAGAACAUUUUGUUCAUUAAGUUAAUUUUCCAAUUCAAAUCAUGUAAUAUAUGUUAUAAGAGAAGAUUGUGUGAAGUGUAACUGAUGUUUUGACUUUUGAGCAGUCAACUGGUACUUGUGUAAAAUUGUUGAAUAGUUUCGGUCCUUUUUGGUCAAGACGCUUGUCCUCAAAUAGUCGCAGCAGAGGUGAUAGUAAAUGGCUUCUUUGGACUUUAA